AUGAACCACUACCGGUACUUUUCACGGGCGUUGAAAGUGGCUAUCAUCUACCAAGCCGUUGAUACCGAAGCUGGAACGACAACGGAGAUGACGGGCAGGCUGGGGUGGGCUUUGAUGAAGUACGAAGUCACGACGCCAAAGGUGCCUCCGCCACCUCCCCGGAGAGCCCAAAACAGGCCUGUUCUUCUUCUCACUCGCUAUGAUGGAUCUACCAUCGGGCAUCACGACGUCAAUGGCAAGGACGUGGCCAGCAGCAAGACCGUACAAUGGGUUAAUAGGGUGCCCGCCACCAGCAAUUUAGCCUCCUCCGAAGCCGACAGUCUUGCUCUCUCCUCCAAUCACAACGACACCAUGCGCAUCUGCAGCUUCGUAAAUGGUAUUGCCGCCGAAAUGAAAAUAUGA